AUGCCUUCUUAUUUUUCAUUUAUUUUUCAAAAAUUAUUUUUAAUUAUUUUUAUUUCAAUUUCUUUAAAUCUUUUUGGAAAUUGUGGAAGUUCUUCUUAUAAUUUUGCUAAUAAUCAACGUCAAUCAAGUAGUCCUUAUGGAGAAUUUGGGCAAUAUUAUGGAAAUAAUGGAAAAAAUGGAAAUGAAUUGGAAUUGGCAGAAUGGAAUGGUGGGGAUGGAGGGGGAAGGCGUAGAUCAAAUACACGAAUUUUAUCUGAACAACAACAAUAUAAAAAGAAUUUAAAUUAUGAAAUAGUAACAAGUGCAGCAUUUAUUUUCGAAGAUUAUUGCACAGAAAGAUGCCAAAUUCCGUGUUCUCCUUUAUUUGUUUUUCAAGAAAGAGAUAAAGACCCAAAACUUCAAUUUAAUUGUGCUAAACUUAAACCGCCUGAACGGAAAUUUCACGAAAAGUUGGUUGGAGCUAUUUCUGGUGCUUCCAUUUUUGAAUUUUUUGUUGCUGGAAUUAUUGCUUUAGCUAUAGCAAUUUGUUGUGUUUGUUCUUGUUAUCAAUGUUUAUGUAAAUCCUCCCCCCAAAUUGUUCUUCGAACUAGACAACAACAAAUUAAUUUAGAAGAAGAAAAUGAAUUAAAUAAAGCUAUUCCUCCAAAUGGAGUUUUAGUAAAUGGAGGGGGUAUAUCGACAACAACAAGUACAGGUGUUAGUCCGGAACAUGACCAUUUAAUUAAUGACAAAAUUCCUCAUAUUGAUGAAGGAAUCCAUCCAGCACCUCUUCCUAAUUUAACAAAUAAUCAACAACAACAAAAACACCAACAUACAAAUUAUAUUAAACCAGGGCAUCAUCACUAUGUUAAAACAAAUUUAUUUAAAGGAGAACAACAACAACAUUCUAUUGUUUAA